AAUAUGAAACUUUUUCUAACCAAAACAAAUCGAAACGCAAAAGUAAUAAAUUUAAUAAAAUACAAAUCAAAAAUGCUACGGAAUUCUUUCCGGGUGAUAAAGAACGGUAGGCAAUGUAAACUUCUUUCUGCCGCUGUGUGUAGGUAUAAUGGGAUGAAAUGCUUCAGCAUGUGGUCUCCACGGUCUUUUGAGUGUUCAAAGUCGCUUAAAAUCAAACCUAUGUUGAAUAAUUGCUGUCGUACCAUGUUCAUCCAAACGCAAGAAACACCUAAUCCAAACAGCUUGAAAUUCUUACCGGGAACUCAAGUCUUAGAGCCUGGCCAGACUAUGGAUUUUCCAAAUAUUGGCGCAGCGCAUUGCAGCCCCUUAGCUAAAAUGCUUUUCCGCAUAGAAGGUGUCAAAGGAGUGUUCUUUGGCUCAGAUUUUGUCACGGUCACCAAGCAGGAUGAUGAUGUUGAAUGGAAGUUAUUAAAGCCCGACAUCUUUGCUACAAUAAUGGACUUCUUUGCCAGUGGGCUGCCAGUUGUAACUGAUGCUAAACCUUCUGGAGACACUCAAAUAAAUGAAGAUGACGAUGAAAUUGUGCAAAUGAUAAAAGAGCUGUUGGAUACACGCAUUAGGCCAACUGUUCAAGAAGAUGGUGGGGAUGUUUUGUUUGUUGAUUUCAAAGAAGGUGUACUGAGGCUCAAAAUGCAAGGAUCCUGCUCAUCAUGCCCCAGUUCUAUUGUAACAUUGAAGAAUGGAGUCCAAAACAUGAUGCAGUUUUACAUCCCUGAAGUCUUAGCAGUCGAGCAAAUUGAUGAUGAAGGAGACAAAUUGAGCGAUAAAGUCUUCAAAGAAUUUGAACAACUUAAAAAUAAAGAGAAAAAGGAAUAAUUUUUAUUAUGUACCUUUUACUUUCAUACAAUUGUAAAAUUUCAUGUAAGAAAUUAAAGAUAUUAGUCAUUAAUUGUUAAUAGUGUAUAUUAUAAUAAACAUGUAUUUUUAUAGCC